AUGAGGGAAGUCAACUUCAGCAUACCCAAUGUCAACAAGGCGUCGGUGGGCAUUACCACCGCCCUUUACGACCGACGCGCUCUCGAUUGCACGUCGACCCUGCCCCUGAUCAACUCUCUCAACCAUCUCGCUUACCUCACAACAUCGUCGGCUCGCAUCCGCGACAUCUUGACCGUCGAUGGCGGCAUCGAAAGGUUGGUCUGCAUCCUGAAGCAGGGUCGCAGCAAAGACAUGAUGGACAUGUGGAAGUGGAAUCUGGCUUUCCAAUGUGUCGUCAACAUAGGCGUUAGGGGCACAGAAGCUGUUCGGACUCGGGUGGUGGAGGCUGACAUGGUCCCCGUGAUUGCCACAAUCCUCGACAACUACAUCAAAGUCAUUGAAAACGUACGGGCAAAGGCCGAGGAAGCCAAGCACAAGGACCGCCAUCAUCAUCACCGGGUUGGUGGCAGCAGCCGGGCGCACAAAUCCUCCAGUUUCUCAUCAAGAUCCGGCACAUUGGAGACUUUCAGAAGACAAGCGCCACCACCGUCAAUUGACGUGUCUGCCCCGUUCGCCGGCCCUUCCACCACAGUCAUACAGUCCACUUCUGAGGCCGCACCCACUGCUCCGCAAUUCCAGGUAACGCCACCAGCCGAUCGGACGCCUUUGGUGGGACACCACCCCCAUCACCAUCACACGAGCAGGACGCACGAGGCUCGCCCACCUAUGGCUCUCACGCCCAACGUGAUCCUUGCCCCGUCCGUACCAUCGAUAGAUGCCGCCGAUGGAUUUGUCAGGCCGACACGGGAUGCGGAUCGCUUGGUUGGAAUCGUACCUCUGCCAUUUGCUCGGCCUCCCUUGACAUCUCAGCCGGCGUCACCCACCACUCCACUUCCGCCACCGCAGAUUCGUUCUCCUACCGUGCGACCUGCCACCAUGCUCACCGCCGCUGCUCGGUCUCGCCAACGACCAUCUAUCCGCCAUCAGCACUCGACAGCUGCCGAGUCGGAUGAUAUGAAUGCUGAAAGUGUUGCAUCGGAUGAAACGCCCGAUACUGAGAUGUCUGAGACGGCCGAAAUCCAACCGGCCGUAGGAAUUCAGGACAUUGCCAUGGAGGAUGGCGAGGGUAUGAUGACUGGCACCGCCAUGGAACUGACAACGCCCACGGUAUCCGAGACUCAGGAAGCCGGCACUUUCAACAUCACACAUCAAGGGCCGGUAGACGGCAGCAUUGUCACCAAUCCGACCCCGACGCCAGUUCCUGCAAUUGGCUUGUCGCCAAACAGACCGACGAUGGUGAGCCCACAGCAGCCAUCGAUGCCAAACGCGACAGUGCCUCGUUACCUGCUCGAUCGUCAAGUCACACCAAAUCCACAAAUGCUUGCCGCUAUGCCCAGGGAAGAAGACGUUUUGAUGUCUCUCCAACUGCUCGCCUACGUUUCCAAAUACUGCAACCUCCGAAAGUACUUCCAAAAAAGUCACCUGGUUCCUAAGCUCAAGAUUGGCAAGGAAAUUCAACUUCUUGAUGGAGCCGAUCCGGCAGCCCUCGAGGCCGAGCUCGAGGAGGAAGACGAGACAUGUGAAGAGGAAUACCUACUGCCCAAUGACCUCAACAUCUUCCCCUUGGUGGAAAAGUUCACGGUCCGGUACCACAGCACCGAUAUGCAAUACUGGGCCGGGGUAGUUAUGAGAAACCUGUGCCGGAAGGACGACACCCGCGGCGGCAUCCGACAAUGUGCCUACUACCAGUGCGGGAAAUGGGAAGAGUACACGCGGCAAUUUGCUAAAUGCCGCCGCUGUCGACGAACCAAGUACUGCAGCAAAGAAUGCCAAAAGAGCGCCUGGGCCUUUCACCGGCACUGGUGCAUUGCCGCCACGCAAUAA